AUGAGAUUACUGGGACAGACUGGUUUAUCAAGGGAGCGCUUGCCUUUAGCUGCUGGGCAAGGGGUUCGACAGGUGGUGGUGGUACGUGGGAAGUCUGGCUAUGGAUUUACCAUGUCCGGGCAGGGGCCCUGUGUCCUGUGUGGCGUUUUGAAGGGAAGCCCAGCUGAUGAUGCCGGACUGAGGCCAGGGGACUGCAUCCUUACCGUGAACGACACUGAUGUAUCUGAGGCAUCACACGAGGCUGUGGCGAAGCUCAUCGGGAUGUCCUCAGAGCAGCUGCGCUUGGUCGUUGCUGCAUCGCGCAGACAACUUUUUAAUUCUUGUUCGAGUGAAGAGGAGCUUGCUUUCCGUAGAAAAGAGAAGACUCACCCGAGCCUUGAGAAUGACAGCGUGGGAGCGAACAGGCAGUCCGUUGGGAGUUUUAACACAGCUUUUCAACACUUAAGUCAGUCAUCCAACAACUCACAUAAAAACAGGCAGUCAAAACAGAGACCCAUGUCAGAACCGGACCUGUCCUACUGGGCCUGGCAAAGCCAGUCCAAAAGCAAUCCCGACUUGUUAUCGGCAGAGGAAACAAUUCAGAUCCUAAGCGAUGACCCUGUGUUCUUAGAGCCUCGGAGUGCCUAUCCUGCAGUGAGCAAUUUAAAUAUGAUAAUGAUCGUGGGAUAUGUGAACUCCAUGGAUUUGGAUUUGAGAACCUCCGACACAGCCGAAGGGACUUUGGAAACCAUCCGUGGAUGCAUCAGCCGGAUCGGGAAGGAACAGAACACUCACUCCUUGGUGGUGCUGAAGAUCACCUGUCGUAGUUUGCAGCUUUGCGACGACAGAGGAGUUGUCUUGACCUCUUGGCCCGCCGAGAACCUAGUGCUUUGUGUCAUUUGCUCUGAUGACAAACGCUUCUUUGCCCUGGUCUCUAUGGAUGCAGCACAAACCAGAAUGCAGCGGACAGAAGAAGGUCUUUGUCUGAAGACGUUGUGCCAUGUUUUCUUUGUCGACCCGGAACUCUGUGACCACGAAGCUCACAAGAGCUUCAUCAACUACUUUGGUCUCGAGUGCACACCUGACCCAGACACUCAAGGCUGUCUGGAAUUUCCUGUCACACCGUAUACUAUUUUACAUUUUGUGUCGGUCCUCUACAGUGACAUGGGAGAUUUCAUUGAGAAAUUGAGGCUAAAACUUGACCGGGAGGUAGCAGACGAAGAUCAGACAAACGCUUGUCACAGCGGAAGCGGUGACAGUGGAAUAGGGAAUGUAUCUCCAGACAGAGGAAGUUGGGAUCUGAUCCCUGACCUUUCCAAUGGCCCAGUGCCAAAUGUUCCCAACCAUCUAUGGGAUCGCCCUCCAUUACCCUUUAAGCCGGGUCAAAUCGGCCACCAUAGGAACAGUUCAAUCUUUAAGCCUGGGCGUAGGUGUCUCCUCUCCGAACCCCUUCCGAGCCCUGUAGCUCCAGUCCCCUUACAUGGGUGUUCCUCAAACAGCCUGGAAGUUCUGGCCGAUGUCCCUCACCUCACCCCUCUUGCGUGUAAAGAGCUGAGUCAGACUGGGUCUAGUGCAGCCCACAAGAAUGGUCUACACUGGCCUGAGCGCGUGGGUAUCCGGGCACGGUGGCAACGUCCUCCUCCUGCCGACGGCGCGCUGCAGAAAGAGGCUGAAGGCAGCAGGCCCAAAGACGGUGCUGUACCACUGGACACGGAUCAGAAACCUUUCCAAAGAUUUGCAGCGUUAGGCUUCACGGAGCCACAGGCAACUGCACGGCAGAAUGAGAACAUUCGAAAGCUCUUCAACAGUGCUGCCAAAAACAAGAGUGCCGAAAGAAAGGUAUCAAAGCUCUGGGCUCUCAGCAGAGGGCGCUCUUCUGUCAGGCAUUCAUCCAGACGCUCAAAACACCUUAGCUUUGCCCGAUCACUGGAUGACCUGGAGACGGCCGCCACGUCAGAUGGAGAGCGUGGCACCGUGGGGCUUCGGGACAGCUGUAGCGAGGCCAGUCUGGACAGUAAUGGUAGUCUUCCCAGUACCCUCACCUCACGCUGCCCCCCAGAACGCCGUGUUGCAUCAUGGGCCAUUUGUUUCGAACGCCUACUGCAAGACCCCGUCGGAGUCCGAUACUUCACCGAAUUUCUUAGGAAGGAAUUUAGCGAAGAGAACAUCUUAUUCUGGCAAGCAUGUGAAGACUUCAGUCAAAUCCCGGAAGAUGACAAGCAACAGCUCUGUCAGAGGGCCACAGAGAUCUAUAACAGCUUUGUGUCCAGUAAGGCCCCUACACCUGUAAACAUCGACAGUCAGGCUCACCUGGCUGACAGCGUCCUCACCGCCCCAACGCCAGAUAUAUUUAAAAAGCAACAACUACAGAUCUUUAAUUUGAUGAAGUUUGACAGUUACUCCAGGUUUCUGAAGUCCACUUUAUACCAGGAAUGCAUCUUGGCAGAGGUGGAGGGGCAGCCUCUCCCUGACCCCUACCAGGUGCCCUGUAGUCCCGCCCCUUCCAAACACAGCUUCAACUCAGACCGCUCCAACGCCACACCGAGAAAGGAGGCCAGAAAGCCCAGACCAGUAAUGUCAAGUGAAGACAUCAGAGAUGAUCGAUCGGAUAAGAAAAGCGGAAUUUUUUCCUGGUACCGAAACCGGAGCUUUGGGAAGGGACCAAAGAAAAGGGAAAUUGGAGAUUACAUUUAUGCUGGCUCUAAUGGGAGACGUGAGUCUCAGGGAUCAGUGUCGUCCGGUGCCAGUCAGGAACUGAACACAACUUUUUCAGGGGGCAGGAGUGAGAGUGACUUCAGGAACUCGAUGGGGAUGUGGGAGAGGGAGAGGGGCUGUAGGCAGUGUAUGGUCACACUGCCCGAUGGCUCCACCUGCCCCAUGGCACUGCGACAGGGCGCCAGCAUCCGACAGGUACUGCUAGAGCUUUGCCAAAAACAGCGCAUCAACCUGGCAGCCGUCGACCUCUUUCUCAUCGGAGGUGAAAAGCCCUUGGUGCUGGAUCAGGACAGUUUGACUUUAAGCUCACGGGACCUGAGGCUGGAGAAACGGACUUUGUUCAGACUGGAUCUGGUGCCCAUUAACCGUUCUGUGGGUUUGAAAGCCAAACCAACCAAGCCCGUCACUGAGGUUCUGCGUCCUGUGGUCGCCAAGUACGGCCUCCGCCUUAGCGACCUGGUGGCCAGAAUAAGUGGGGAGGCAGAGGUGCUUGACUUGGGCGUUCCAAUUUCAAACCUUGAUGGCCUGCGUGUGGUCCUGGAAAACGCUGACCCUAACUCUGUAAAAGACAAGUCAAAGAAAACACACGGGGCAUCAUUGAGUAAUCGGAGUUUCUCCAUACCGGGAGACGACAGGUUGCCAGGGAAGCCUGUGAGAGGGGAAAACGGGGAGAAACAUUCCACUCCAGAUGCGUCAGACAAGAUAAAAACCAAAAAGAAACAUUUAGAGGAAGCGGAAGAGCUGUUUGAGCUCUUAAGCCGUGCCCAGAGCAGUCGAGCAGACGAUCAGAGGGGUAUACUGAGGAAAGAAGACCUGGUGCUGCCUGAUUUCCUGCGUCUCAACUCUGACACCCCCACCUGCUCCACCCCUAGCUCCACCAAACCCGGCCAUGCUAACCCACACCCCAACGGCCUUCCCGCGGGUGGCCCCAAACCCACGCCCACUGACUUUGGCGCCCCCAUGUCCCCCAUAGCACGCUCGGCUGGCUCCUGGGCACCGGGACAGGAGAGUCUGACUGACCUCACACUUGUCGGAGAGGGGGACAUCACCAGCCCAAACUCUACCCUCCUGCCGUUGCCUCCCUCCCCCGGCCCAGCGGACCCUCACGAGGGCAGUCUGGCCGAGGCGAACUUCACCCCUCCGCCGCCCUGCAUCUCCAACCAUGACUCCUCAGGUACGGAGAAGGUAGACCCAGAACUUACGUCAAACUCUGAUCGGCAACUGCUGCUUUGUCCUGCCUCAGCAGCUGAGGACAGCCCUCACCUGCUGGACAACAGCAUUGGUGUAGAGGGGGUAAGACUGGAGGAGAACCCAGAGCUGAGCCUCAGUUUUGAGGGCUACGUUGCUGAGCUCCGUCAAUGCCAGAGUCGGAUGCAGAACGGCCGAAAACCUGUAGGUGACGCCAACGGUCUCCAAGGCAGCCAAUCAGAGGUAGAGGAGAGCGGCGCAAGAAUCUAUCAAGCCACGUUCGUUUGA